GUGGCGCUGUUGUCAUGUCCAUCCAAAUUGAUUUCCAAAUACGUCAUCAACGUGUGACAGUGGGAGAGCGCAAGGUCAUUGACCUCACCGGAGUUUUACCGCGGUCCAGGCUCCUAACGACACAAGACUUUUCUGCAAUGUCAUCCGACGAUGAUGAAAGGAAUACGAUGAUAAUAACAUUGUUCAACAAAGGCUUAAAACAAAAGGAAAUCAGCUGUGUACUCAAUUCAUAUGGGCAUAAAAUAAGUGAGAGGCAUCUGAGACGAGUUUUAAAACUUCUAGGGUUGAAGCGAAGAUGCCCCCAACGACCUUUUACUGAAAUCCACAAAGCAGUGGAGAGUGAGAUGAAACAGUGGUCUCCUGAACAAGGAAUCAGGGCAAUGGUAAAGCGGGUAAGGGAUGUCAGAGGAGUGCGGCCUUGUUACAGAGACGAUGUUGCUAAUAUAAUGAGGGAUAUGGAUGCAAGUGGUCUUCAGAGGAGAUCUCCUGGAAAGAAGAAAAUUCCCCGUCGGAAUUACAUCAGCCGUGGUCCAAAUGACACCUGGCACAUUGAUGGCAAUGAUAAACUGAAGUUCUUUGGAAUGUGGAUACAUUUGGGGAUUGAUGGAUUUUCCAGGAAGGUUCUAUGGCUAAAGGUGGGCACAUCCAACCGCAAACAAAACUUUGUGGCCAGAUACUUCUUUGAGGCUGUUCAAGAACAGGGUGGCUGUCCUCAAAUGAUUCGGGGGACAGAGGAAAGGAGAACCUUGUUGUGGUCAAAUGCAGAUGGCAUUUCACAUGCGAGAUCUUGGGAAUCAGGCAUGGAGGUGCUUCAGAAUGGGGACAUCAGUGCACAACCAGAGAGCUGAAUGUUUUAACAGUAUUUUAAAGCGGACAUGGAUUAAGAAAUGGCUGACAACAUUUGAGGUAAAGCAAAUCUUUCACCUGUAAAACCUAAUAACAAAGACUAGCCAUCAAAAUUGCGCUAAACAUACGAUGGA